CGACAAUGGACCGAAUAGAUAGUGGAUUCGCUGGAUCUCAACAUUCAAACAUGGCCAGCGAAAAACCAGUGCUGCUUCACAGGAGCAACACGACAUCUAUCCACCAACGGAAGUCUAAGAAAUCGGCUCUCGAGUCAACCUCGUCUUCUGUCCAAGUCGCGAAUAUGGAAACCCGUCGACCCGUAUCAGAGCAGCGCUCAAGACCUCUACGCCAGCAAUCCACAACCUCAUCCGAGAACUCAACCAACCGAUCCAAAAGCCGCGGUCAUGGCUCAAAACCCUCGUCCAGGCGUACGUCUUGCACCAUAGUCGACCCUUCACGACCAGCGCGCCACUACCGCGUUAAAAGCUUCCAAACCCCACCCACAGCCGACAUCGACGACGUACUGGCCCUCCACUUCCGCAGCUGCAGCAUCUUCUCCAAUCCCUCUUAUCAAUCCCACUCUGGUCUUCCCUCACCCACACUCUCCCAUGGCGACGCGUUUGGCUUCCCCAGCAACACCAGCACCACGCGCUUCAGCACCGACACUCUGCGCGUCGUCCAAGAAUCCGACGCGCAUCACACCCGCCCCACCACCGAGCCCACCCCUCUCAAUGACGACGCCACCAGCGCUGCUGCCAAAAAAACAAACACGACUAUGCACUGGACAUCCCCUUGCACGCGCCAACGCGAGUACCAAAGAAUCGACAAGGCAAACAGCGGCCUCCGCGGUUUCUUGCGCAGAAUAACGCCUCGAUGCGUGUCUGGCCCCCAGGAAAAAUUCUACAGCAAGACAGAUGAAGAUGCUGGGUCUGUGCGGCGCUAUCGCAUUAGCAACGACGAGUACGAGGAAGACGAUGGCAAAGAAGCCGACUUUGAUCUACAAGCCAUCAAGGAGAAGCAACACCAAGGCGCGAGACCUAGGACUAGCCCGGUCCCGAGGCCUGCGUCAAGACCAGGCAUCAGGAAGAGGUGGACGUGCUUUUAGCCUCUUUUGGUGUGCUGAAGCGGAUUACGACAAUGAUGACGAUGCAGGGAAAGGCACUAUGGCGCCUUUUUCUUCGGAUUCCUACAGUGCGCUAUUAUCUGCUA